AUGGAGAAAGCACAAAAAGACCGCAAAGCUCAUUGUUUGGUCUUGCCCUUUCCAAUCCUCCAAGGCCACGUCAAUCCCAUGCUCCAAUUCUCUAAGCUUUUACAUCACAAAGGAAUCAAAGUCACAUUGGUCACAACCAUUUUUGUCCACAACACAUUAAUGCAUGGAUCAUCAGGAUCCAGCUGCAUUGCUCUGGAAACCAUUUCAGAUGGCUAUGACCAAGGCUGGAGGGAAGAAGCUGAAGGCAUCGAUGCCUACUUAGAGCGCUUCUGGCAAGUAGGACCUAAAACUCUAGGCCAGCUCAUUGAGAAGCUUUCAAACUCAGGCUUCCCAGUUGACUGCAUUGUUUAUGAUUCAAUGGUGCCCUGGUCUUUAGAUGUUGCCAAGAAAUAUGGGAUUGCUGGGGCCUCUUUCUUAACUCAAUCUUGUGCUGUUGACAAUAUUUUGUACCAUGUCCACAAAGGAUUGCUCAAACUUCCUGUUGUUGAUGACCAGUCGGAAAUUUCACUUCCUGGGUUGCCACCACUUGAAUUUUUGGACAUGCCAUCUUUUCUCUAUGAUUCUGGGUCUUACCCUGGUAUCUAUAAAGUGGUUGUGGGUCAGUUCUCCAACAUUCACAAAGCUGAUUGGGUCCUAUGCAACUCAUUUUAUGAGUUGGAAGAACAAGUGGUGGAUUGGAUGGCUACGUUUCUGCCAUUGAAGACCAUUGGACCAACCAUACCAUCCCAUUACUUGGACAAGAGACUUGAGGAUGACAAACAAUAUGGUGUCAGCCUCUUCAACACCAACAAUGAUGCCUGCAUGAAAUGGCUAAAUGAGCAGCCAAAAGGGUCGGUUGCUUACGUCGCGUUUGGUAGCGCAGCACAACUUGGAGUUGAGCAAAUGGAGGAACUGGCUUGGGGUUUGAGGAGGAGCAAAAGCAAGUUUUUGUGGGUGGUUAGAGAAGCAGAAGCAGCAAAGCUCCCAAAGGGGUUUGUGGAGGAGACAUCAGAGAAGGGUUUGGUGGUUUCAUGGUGCCCCCAGCUUGAGGUUUUGGCAAAUGAGGCUGUUGGGUGCUUCAUAUCACAUUGUGGUUGGAAUUCUACUUUGGAGGCCUUCAGUUUGGGGGUGCCAGUUGUGGCAUUGCCACAAUGGACUGACCAAAGCACAAAUGCCAAGUUUAUUAUGGAUGUGUGGAAAAUUGGGGUCAAGGCUUUGGCUGAUGAGAAAGGAGUGGUUAGGCAGGAAGAAGUAGAGCAUUGCAUAAGUGAAAUAAUGGAGGGAGAGAGAGGGAAAGAAAUGCAAAGGAAAGCCCUUGCGUGGAAAGAACUGGCUAGAAAGGCAGUGGAUGAAGGUGGAAGUUCAAGCAAUAAUAUUGAUGAGUUCAUUUCAAAGCUGGUCUUAUCAAGAGAGAAAAGGUGUGCUUGUGAAAAAUAG